GCUGGGGCUCGGAGCUGGGCAGCCGGGACCGGACCGUCCGACCCGAGGGUCCGCCAGCCCCGUGUGCGGGGGCAGGGGUGGCCGCGCCCCGCCGCUCCGCCUCCCGCCGCCGUCCGCGCCGCCGCGUCCGUCCGCCAUGGCCCAGGACAAGGGGGAGCAGGACGACUGGCUCCUGGUCUACCUGAAGUACUUGCUCUUCGUCUUCAACUUCUUCUUCUGGGCGGGGGGCGCGGCCGUGCUGGCCCUGGGCGUGUGGACGCUGGUGGAGAAGAGCAGCUACCUGGGCGUGCUGGCCUCCAGCACCUUCGCGGCCUCCGCGUGCAUCCUCAUCCUCGCCGGCGGCCUCGUCAUGCUCACCGGCUUCCUGGGCUUCCGUGCCGUCGUCCGGGAGGACAGGGGCUGCCUCUCCACGUACUUCUGCCUGCUGCUCGUCAUCUUCCUCGUGGAGCUGGUGGCCGGGGUCCUGGCCCACGUGUACUAUCAGAGGCUGAGUGAGGAGCUGCGGCUGCACCUGACCCGGACCCUGGUGGAGAACUACGGGCAGCCCCAGGCCGCGGAGAUCACCGCCUCCAUGGACCGGCUGCAGCAGGACUUCCGGUGCUGCGGGAGCAACAGCUCUGCCGACUGGCGGCUCAGCGCCUACGUGCGCUCCCCCGAGGCGCAGGGCCGGCGCGUGCCCGACAGCUGCUGCAAGACGGUGGUGCCGCGCUGCGGCCGGCGGGUGCACCCCUCCAACAUCUACCAGGUGGAGGGCGGCUGCAUCUCCAAGCUGGAGCAGUUCCUGGCCGACCACCUGCUGCUCAUGGGGGCCGUGGGCAUCGGGGUGGCCUGCCUGCAGAUCUGCGGGAUGGUUCUCACCUGCUCGCUGCACCGGAGGCUGCAGAUGCACCGCUACUAGCUACUAGCGGCCGCGCAGGCACCCGGACGCCAGCUGGGCGCGGCGCCCCUGCAGCACCUUCCCGCUGCGCGCCCGGCCCCUCGCCACACCGGGUGGCAGACAGUGACUCCUGCCUCCCCGCCCAGCCUGGGACCCGCAAGGCAGGAGCCCUGCAGCCUGCUCGGAGGAGGUGGCGGCCUUGGCGGCCAGAGACCCCCAGUCCCAGGCGUGGGGACACGGCUCUGCUUCCUCCCCGCACGGGACCCUGCUAGCCGGGGGUCCCCACGCAGCCUCUGGGGGCUCCCUGCUCUCUGCGACACGACGGGGGGGGGCAGGAGGGGAGGUUCUGCACCCAGGGAUGCCCACCCUGCUCCCCAGGAAACGUCGGGGUGGCCUGGGAGGGAGGCGGCGGGGACCUGGCCGGGCCCCUCCCCCACCCGCAGCCCCCCUCCCCCCAGGAGAUGCAUCUGUGCCUGUCCUCGGGCACACGGGGCCGAGUGGGCGCGUGCAGGACCAGCCCUCCUGCCGCUGGCACCGGAAACAGCCCCUGGCCAGGAGGAGCCCCCCGAGGUGAACAGCUGGCAUGGGGGGCUCUGUCCUGAACCCCCCACCUCCUGAGUCCCUCGGAGGUGUCCCUCUCUGCCUCCGGAGCCAGCGCGGCUCUCCCUGGGCACCUCUGGCCUCUGAUGAGGGGAGGCCCAACCUCCCCCAGAGCCAGGGACAGGCGGAGACAGUGGCAGAGACUCAGGGCCGGGGGCAGUGCCCGCCCUGGCUGCGCACAGUGCUCCAGGGAGUCGGUCCUCCCUGCCUGGCCCCGGCCGCCCACCCGCACCCCUGCCUGCUCACCUGGGGAGGUGACCCCGGGGGAGGCCCAGGUCCAGCACCCCCCCUGCAAGUCUGAGCACCCGCAUCUUGCUUGUGUGUGUGCCGCGGGGGUGUCUCCAUCCCCCCCAGCCCCCUCGCCACGCCCUGCUGCCCCCUGCCCCACCCCCAACCCCCACUCGGGCCUGAGAGGGACUGGGGGGAGCAACGCCUGGGCCGCCCCCGCCCUCCCUCCCGGCACUGGGGUGUGGGGGUGUAGGGUUCCGUGCCCGUGUGGAGACCCUCAGGGCUGGGGGCGGGGCCAGGACACGCCCACCGGGUGGGCGGCGCCAGCGCUGCCAGAGCCCCCCCAGCCCCCACCCCCAGGCCCUGCAGAGAAUGGGUGGGGCGCGGGCUACUGACCACUUCUUGCCUACGACCCCCUGGAUGCAGGGUUUGUGGGGGGGGACUCUGGGCCCAGAAUCCCACCGGGCAGCCCCCCCCCCACUGUCCCUGUGCGGGACCCUCCAGGGUGGGGGUGGGGGAGGGGGAAUGACAGUAGAUGCCCCAGCCGGGGCCCUGUCCCCCUGGCCAGUUUGGGGGAUGGAGCGGGACACCCCGGGGGGCUGCAGAGAGAGAGCGGGCAGCAGGCAGGGUGGGUUUCAGAGCUGGGGAGGGACCCUGUGAGCACCCCUAAACAGGACCUUCUCGGACUCUGCUGACCCCAGAGCCCUGCAGCCUGUAAGAGCUUCGGGGGUCCUGCAGGGCUUCACCCCAACAGGAACCAGCCCUGUGUGAUUCUAGAAAGUUCCCUGGCAAGCCAGCGGCAACCCCGCCCCCCCCCCCGCCACCUCCCUUUGCACCCCCUGCCCAGGGCCUGGCAGGUCCAGCCCAGACCCCCUGGGGGUCCCUAGAAGCCAGCGAGAGGGAGGAGCAGGCAGCCCUGCGCUGUGGGGGUGGGGGCGCCAUCCUGGACCCCAGUUUCCUGUCUCAGCACAAGGCCUGCGCCCCACCCCACCCCAGCUGGUGGGACCUCCCCCUCCUCACCCCUGCCCCCCCCACCCAGGCUCACUGCUAAUGGGCCCCUGGGACCCCCAGAUUCUAGAAAAGUCCGAGUUGCCUUAAUCGCCCUCUGAGGGGGGAGUGCUCUUGUAACCCCCCCAUCACAGUCGGGGUGGGGGAUGCUAAUAAAGGAAUCCACGCUAACGCCUCCUGU